AUCAGGGACAGUGUGUGUGCAGUCAUGGCAACAUCCCUGGACACACUCAGCCUCUCCCAGAUGCUGGAUCUCGCCAUCGAGAUGCCCCAGAAGGGAUCUGUUCACUUUGCAGCCAUGAAAAAACUGCUGCAGGCUGUGCUGGAGCACCUGGACGUGCAGUACCUGACCAGCCAGGAGCCGUGGACAGGCCAGCUGAGUUGCCCCUCACUUGCUGAUGUGGCCACUCACAUGGAAAAGAUGAAGAAAGAGAUGGAAGACUGCAAGAAACAGAUGUCUGAGCUUGUUCAUGAAGUGAUUGUUGGGAUACAGGCAGAGGUUUCCCACCUCUCAGAGGAUGUUAGGAAGAUGCAGAAGGCCCAGUCCUGCAUGUCAGAGGAAAUUAAGAAGAUCCAGGAGGAGGACAUGACUCUCAUCCAGGAUCUCCGUGAGGAGGUUGACAGGAUAAAAACAACCCAGAUCCGCAUGGAAGGAGACAUAAAGAAGCUUAAGGAGACUCCUGCCUUAAUUAAGAAGAUGGGAGAGGACCUUCAAAAGCUGAGGGAGGAUGCAGCCAAAUGGAAAGAAGAGAGCAGCAAGGAGAUCUCUCAGCAAAUUGAGGCUUUGCGGCAGGAGACAAAGCGUGAGCUGCAGAUGAUGGAAGAGCAGCAGGAGAUGAGGUAUACCAUGCUGGAGCAGGUGGUGAUUGAGACAAUUAACAAAGUGAACGAGCAGCUUGGUGAUACAGGCGAAACUGGGGACCUAGAGGAUGAGCAGCAAGAGGGGAAUGGAGACUGCUCCAGUUGCACCUUCAACAUCAGAGCGUGCUUGGGGAAGCUCCUCCGGCGCUGUGAGAAACUCCAGGAGCAGGUGGAAUCCAUGGAGUCACGGCAGAUGGCCAUGGGAAAAUGCAACAAAAUGAUGAGGAAAUAUGUCCAGGAGCGGGAGCAAGACCAGAAGCGGCUGCACUACGUGGAGGCUACAGUUGUACAGAUGAAGGGAGACUGUGAGAAGCUCAGCUUUGUUUCUGGGACCCUGCAGAAAGACUCUCAACAAAAGCAGAAAGAAAUCGAGGUAGGUGGCUGACACUCCUUUGGUGUCAGAGCACCCCCCAGGCUCUCCCUGUGAUUCCAGGCAGGGAUUACAAGAAUGUCUCCCUGCUGACAUUUUCAGCACUGUGCUUGUUCCAAGUGCAUUUCCUUGAGGCUUUUGGGCAGGGGGAGGGGUGAGUUCUCCUGCCCAAGAGGCAGCUGCAACCAUGCGAUGCAGUAAUGAGUUCCUUUCUGUGCUGAAAGAUGCUGUUCCAGUCUCUGGAGAAGCUGCAGAAGGAGAAGGCAGAUCAGCAGGACAUGCUGGCAGCAAUGGACAUGGUACAGUCUAGAGGGGCCUCUGUACCAGCCCAG